AUGCUAAAUUGGUGGCUAGGCAAGGGUGCUGAAGGGAGCCAUGGUCAAGAUGGAAACCCCGAGUUAGAGCCUCCAGAAACGCCCGCUCCUGUCUUCGCUGCGCGUGCGCUAAAGAGCGCAAUAUUCGGAACCCCAGCACCACCAGCUGACGAUACCCUCUAUGAAAUUGACCAGCCGUCCGAUACGAUGGCUGAGGCCGCGGCGAAAAAUAGACUCUCGAUGAAUCUCUCUCCCACCAAGCCCCAGGGUAUCCUGUUGACACCGGGGACUGCAACAACGCGGAGAAAGACCGUUUCUUUUGGAAGCGAGGUCGUGGACACAACCGGUCUGCCUGCAGGGAGACUUAGAAGAAGUGGAAGGCUAGAAGAACCCACAGAUACCUCGGGAAACGAGAGACAGUCAAAUCGGAAGGCGUCGAGCAGAGCUUCGAGGAAACCCUCCUUCACUGCAAGGUUGGAGAAUGCACGAGAAGGAGCCCUGGCAAAGACCGAACCAACCAUUUCUCUGUUUGAUGCAGAACCCCAGGAGAGUCUUAGUUCGAAUAUCGAUGGUCUAGAACUACACGGGUCACGUUCAAAACCUGGUACCGCAAACCAGGUUCAUAAGAGUAAUUCCGACUUGCUGCAACAAGUCCUCAUCCCAAAUGACAAGCUCGACGGCGAUGUAACGAUGGACCUGAAUGAACCACACUCUCAGUCUGGAAAGUACUGGAAAUCACAAUAUCAGAGCUAUCAUGACGAAGCAAAGGUUGAGAUGCAGAAUCUUCUCAAAUCCAAGCAUCUUAUUAGAAGUUACGCCAAGACGAAGGACGGGCAAGCUGUCGACUUAGCCGAAAAAUUAAGAGAAGAACAGCUGAAAGUCAUCAGCAUGGAGAGUGAGAUUUCGAAGCUUUCUGCGCGUCUAGCUAGAGCGGGCUUGGAUGGAGCUGAGGAUGAGGCCCCAGAGUUAAUCAAAGAACUGGCUAGACAAACUGCUCAGGCGUUAAAAUACAAAGCUCAGGUGGACAACCUCCGAAUAACCCUCCGAGAAGUCAGAAGUAGUAAGAUCUCGUCGAACGAAACUGCCAGCCAAAAUCCUCUAUCACUACGAAGCGAGCAAACCCAUCUCGAUAUCCACCAAGAGCUCAAGGAGGCAAAGGAGCAGCUACGUGAUAUGGCCGCGAUCCGCAACGAGAUAGACAAAAUGAGACAGACCUUAUCUACUGCAGAGGCGAAUAAUCGGAAUCUUCAGGAGGAGAAUACGAGAUUGACCGCCGACUUACGCCAUGCAAACAUGCGACUCGACAAGCAGAGCGAGAAGAGCGAGAAGCGUCGGCAGUCAUUUGAGGAACAAUUCCAUGAUAAUGAAGAGGCUCUUAAAACUCUUCAAAAGAGCUACGACGAGUUAAAAGAGCAAGCGAAGUCACAACGUCGGGAUGCUGGGAAACUCCUAAAGGAACGACAUGACCAAGCUGUAGAAUUUAAAAAAGAGAUUGCCUCAAUGCGAGGCGCAGAAUCUACUAUUCGCGAUCUUCAGCAAGCCCUGUCACAGAAAACAUCUGAACAUGAUGAGGUCGUGGCGGAUCUUCAAAAGCAAAUUGCAGAACUGAAGCGGAGCAGCAGACAAGAGCCUAGCUUGAUAGACCCGGGAUAUAGCAGAAAGCAGCAGCCUGCAAAGCCAGUUGCAUCUGAGGAGUCUUGCCAGUCUCGCCAUAGUCUCAUCCCGGUGACUAUUCAGUCAAAUUUUCGCCCUUCCAAGACCCGGACUGCUUCUCAUUCUGAGACGCCAGUAGGAUCCCCUCAACGUGCCCAUCCCGCAUUAUCAGAGAUAAUCAACCACGCGACUGUCGAUACCGUGCCCCCGAGAACAUCCGGGCCAGUACAUUACACACCACUGGCUAAACGAUUCUCUGAUAUGACCUUGGAAUCCCCGAAAUUCGAGUUGCCUUCUUUGGAACGGUCACCCCCCCGAAACAUAGGCCGGAAAAUCCCCAAGAUGGAUCAUCGUCUAAGCCCAAGACCGUCUAUGUUCAAUAUUACGUCAAGCCCUCCAAAGAUGGCGGGUAACGAUCGAGGAGGGCGACGACCGAUGAGCGUUCCCUCAGGCCGAUUACCCAGCUUGGAUGGCUCCAAGGCAAGGAAUCCGCUUCCGCCGGAGAGAGCUGCCGCCGCAAGGGCCCGACUAGAGCAGAAGAACGCUGAAAAGAAGCGGCGCCGAGCACUGGAGACGGACAAGGAGAAUAUGCCAUCUUAA